UGGCCAGCUGAAGUUGUAGGGGGAACGAGGGUUAACGGCGUCUGCCCAUUCAAACUCCAGUUAGAGCAGUGUUCCAAUUCACAAUACAGCAUAUACCACAACACACUGAUCCAAGGAAAUGUCAUCACUUGCCCCGGAACACAAACACUGUAACAGCCACAGCGUCGAUGAGAAGCAGUCGAGGAACUCCAUUCUAACUGAAUGGAUUGGUAUGGGGAGAAGCGGACCACAAAACACGGCUAAGCGGCAGCUUUGGGACUGUGUAACGUUGACGAUGGUUUUACUUUCGCUGCUGUUUCGACCAGCUCACUGCCAGCAGUGUCGGAUCCAGCGCUGCAAUGCAGAGUAUGUGGCUUCUACUUCACCCUCUAGUGGUCUGCAGGAGGAUGUGGCUCUGGAUGUGGACUACUGCAUCGCCUUACGGGCCUAUGCCCUGUGCACCAGGCGGCAGGCGCGCAGCUGCAGGGGCGACCUGGUCUACCACUCGGCCGUCUUCCGCAUUAAGGAGUUAUUCUCUCAGCAUAACUGCUCCAGCGAUGGGCCCACCUCCUCCGCCAAGGUCCCCAGUACAUCUCGUCCGGCCAUGUCCGAGCUGUGUGACUACGAGAACCGGGUCCUCAUGUCGGGCUCAGCCAGUCAGCAGAAGAAAUACGCCCACUGUGGAUUAUUCGGAGACCCGCACCUACGGACUUUCCGAGACGAGUUUCAGACCUGCAAGGUGGAAGGGGCGUGGCCUCUGAUCGACAACCGUUUCCUGUCGGUGCAGGUGACCAAUGUGCCUGUUGUCCUAGGCUCCAGCGCCACGGCAACCAGCAAGAUCACUGUGAUCUUCAAGUCCUACCACGGCUGUACAGAACAGAAGGUGUACCAGGCCACCACAGAAGAUCUGCCGUUGGCCUUUCAGGAUGGGACUCGCAGUGGCGGUGAGAGCGGCAGCCUGACCAUCGUAGAGCGCGGCGGCUCUGGUGUAGGUCGGCAGGUGAAAAUACAGGCCCGUUACAUCGGUACCUCCAUCAUUGUCCGACGUGUGGGCAGCUACCUGACCUUUGCCAUCCGCAUGCCAGAGGACACCCUGGACUUUUCGGAGGACAAUGGCGGCCUGCAACUCUGCCUUCACGGCUGCCCACGUAACGAGCUCAUCAAAGAGCACACGCUGGGCCGCCAGAGCCAGCAGCCCCGCCUACAGGGCACCAACACAGAGCUGGGUCCCCUGCGGCCUCCUCACCAGGUCUACACAGUGGAGCGGGCCACAGCCAAGUGUAGAGAGACUCUGCAGGUGGAGGAUGUGUACUUUCAGUCCUGUGUGUUUGACUUGCUGACCACAGGGGACCCAGAGUUCUCUAUGGCAGCCUACGGCGCUCUGGAGGAUUUAAAGGCACUGCCACCCAGUAAACUAAAGCAGAAUUCCCCGAGGACUCCUCGUCUUUCCAACCGAGGGGUGUCACACACGUCGGCUGCAGCGGCAGCCAACAGCCCCCUGCUCUCACUCCUACUCCUCAUUCUGCUGCUUUUGUGAAAAAUAAAUAUAAAUGAUGAUGAUGAUUUUAAAAAAAGAGGAACUCGGAGACAAACAGAACGUGGAAGCAUUACCAGCUUGAGGAAAGAGUGACUAGAGCUCCGACAUAUGUAUUUGUAUUUUUUGGGGGGGAGGGGAAUUUGUGAAUGUUGUGAUCUUUUUCUGUUUUUGUCAUUUGAAGGAUUUCACUACCAUUUCUUCCUACUUUACAUUUUUUGGGGAUCCAUAUAUGGGUCACAUUCUUUCAAGAAAAACAUAAAUACAUGAAACCAUAUGGUUUGAGGUCAAGUACAACAUGUUCACCAUUUUCACAUACUCAAUAUAAAUUGGUUUACAACAGUCUUGAAAAAGGUUAAACUCACAAUUGUGUUUGCUGACGUCAAGGCAACUAAUAAGAAAUUUGUUUUUUUUUUGUAAAUAUUUCAUUUUUACUGAGAAAUGCACAACCUCCAAACACUCCACCAUGUAUGAAGCUGCAUAUGUAACUCCAUACUGUAUGUAAGCUGUUUCUGUGCAGAGCAAUGUGGCUUCUAGAUCCUGUAUAAUCCAAUAAUAUCAAUAGCACUUAAUGGUUUUAACAGCAAGUUUUGUGUAUUUAAAUGUUAUUUCUUUGUCUGCUUCAACUGUUGUUUCAGAAAUUGGCAUGCGAAAUACACAGGAUCCAACAACUGUAUGUAAAAACUACCUAUCCAUAAUACAUAUGUCAGUGUGAUACUCAACAGUUCUCUCAGUUCUCAUCUUCUGUGAAACACUCCCUCUUCAAGCUGUUUGGCUUCCAGUUUUAAAGGUUAAAGAACACAAAUCUUUAUAUAAUAAUAUAUUAAAAGAGUGUAUAUAUGUGUUUUAUAUUGUGUACAUUUGCCUGUGUAUAGAUGUUUUAACUGUAAUAUGUUUUACAUUUGUUGUGUUUAGUAGGUUAUUUUGAGACAUUGUAAGAAAAGUAAACUAAUAUGUGUUGUGCUGUAUAUGUAACUUUCUGUAUUAAAGUGUUGACACUCCA